AUGUCGACUGCAGAAAUUCCCGAGAGCCACAUCGCAAUGGAGCUCGACAAUCGAUACCGUCCCGCUCGAGUAGGAUGGCCGAGGCUCCGGAGCGAGCCGCUGAGAACCCAUGUCGAGUCUGACCAGGAGUACCUAUCCUCGCCCUCAGAGACAUUCGAAGAGCUUGAGCGACUCUUUGCGGCGUAUGGUCUUCCCUUGCAUCGGAGAUUCAUUGGUCGGCGUUACUACGACGGUGACCGAGCAGCCGACGCCCCUUUAGCCUUGAUCAUGGUUACGGACCUUCGAGAGGCGCCCGAGGAAGACAUUUCCGAGAUCCUCCAUCGAGUGUCCCGGACACUUGGCCAGAUCAGUCCUACCGCCGAACUCGAGCUCAUAGAUGCCAAAUCAUGCUUCGAAAUGAAGACUAUCGCCGUCCAUCCUUCCGAGAAAGCUGCAAUCGAUGUGUGGGACUCGGUGUCGAAUGAUAUAGUCCAGUAUCUAUGCCGCCUACAGCAAGAGGAGGGAUGUCGUUGGGCAACGGUGGAUCUCUUACACCGUGGCUCGGGAUCCACGAGAGAAGAUUGUCCUUUGACAGUUGUGAUUGGUUCGCCGGAUGCAAACCAGGACCUCUGGUACGAUCGCGCCACCUCUGAAAUUCGCCAGUUGACUGAUGAUCAAUUUGAAGUCGAAGUGUUGUACACAAAGGGCUUCGAAGCUCGAAACACGGACGGAGACGUUAUCGACAUAAGCGCCUAUGCAGACCCGAUUCAAAUGGGUGCAUCGAUUGGAGAACGAGACACAGAAGGUAGCGGCACUCUAGGCGGACUGGUGAAGCUCAGAUCCCCGAAUGGACUCGAGAAGUCGUACGCUUUAACCAAUCAUCAUGUCGCGGUGGGACAGCCUCUCGAUCAUAGGCUAGGAAGAGGCGAAGCGCUCUACCCUGACCACCCGAUCCUUCAAGCCUCAAGACCAACAAUGGUCACGCCCGCAGACCACGACCACACCACGCAUUUCAGCCAACGUAUCGAAGAUCUUUACUUCUGGUUAGAUCGUAUGCACAAGACCGGGGGCCUGCGAGAGCGCUCCGAACAGGCACCCACGAACCAAAAGCUGAAAUCCUAUCUUCGAACCGCCGAAGACAAGGCCGAAGAGCUAUCCGCAGAACUCAAUCACAUUGAGACUCACAACCGCAAUGUAGGGAGUCUUUGGGCAGCUUCUGGGCGCCGGGUUAGGGAAUCACUUGUUCAUGGGGAGUCCAAAGCGUACAACUGGCUUUGCGACUGGGCUUUGAUCGAGAUAAACCCCAACAAAUCGAUGAGCAAUGCUGUGGUUGAUCCCUCUCCACCUCUGGAGCAGCGACGCAAGGGAGUAAAGUCCAUUCUUCAGAGUGGAAUGCUAGCCGACGAAUAUGGCACUCUGAACCCGGCUACAGAGAACAAUGUGGCGUUCAAGGGCAGGACCAGCGGAUGGUCAUUCGGAACGGUCAAUACAGUACACUCACGCCUAAACCGAUUCGACACCUGCCACAUCGCCCAAACCUACGGCCUAUCCAAGAAAAAGCCAGGUUACGGAUGGGCGAUUGUGCCCCGAAUUGGUCUCUAUACCAGCGAAGUUUCUCUAGGCGGAGAUUCCGGAAGUGUGGUCCUGAUGGACGAAAAGGAUAAUGUGGCCCGGUGGGUCGGUCUGCUCUUUGGUUCUAAUGCUGCAGGCUUGGCUUACAUGGCUCCAAUCGACGUCGUGAUGGAGGAUAUUGAAGCGGUCACGGGGUGGACGGUAGUAGAGCCCACUUAA